UCCCAUAAUAAUAAUGUUGCGCUCAAGAUGAGUCGACAGCAGGACGAGCGGGGUGUCGUGUUAACCGCUUACACCAGCAACAGCGAGGCUUUGCCAGCUAUCAGCUGUAAAGAGCAAACGGAGUUUCUCGGAGCGAGCCGCAAAACCGGCCAGUACAAUGUCCAGCGGUGCAAAGCGGCCGGUGCGGCUCCGGGCUCGAGCUCAGGUAAGACACCGUACCAGCGCUGCAGCUCCCAGGACUCUCUGGACGAGCAGGCCAUGGUGGACUACUUCAAAGAGGUGGAGAUCAUCCAGCGCAGCGGAGACGCAGAGACGCAGGAGGAGGUGCAGCUGAAGGUGGCUGAUGAGGGCGAGCAGGAGGAGGCGUGGCUGAUGGAGGCGGGGCUUGCGACGCUGUUCGACGAAUCGGCUUCAGACGGCGAGGACAGCAUCGCUCUGCUGUCGACUCUGACCCGAACGCAAGCGGCCGCCGUGGAGAGACGCGUGGAGACGCUCAAACAGACGCUACGCAAACGCAACAAACCGUACAGUGUCCCGGACGUUCGAGAGAUCUUUAAACCUGCUUCACAAAGUAAAGAUGAGGCUGAAUCCACAGAAAGAAGUGGGAGCAGUAAACAGGAAGUGGAAGGACUGGGUAAUGGGGCGGGGCCUGGCACUCCAGGGGGCGGAGCUGAUGCUGAGACGGACAUUAACCUGGAGGUGUCCUUCUCUGAGCAAGCACUUACCUACAAAGAAGGGCUGAAGGUUACCCAGCCCCAGAAUGAAGCUGACGACAGGUUACCCGAUUUCAGAGUGUCUCAGGAUAAGACCGGACAGACCAGAGUCGGCGAUCUCUCCGCUGAGGACAUGAAGAAGGUUCGCAGGCUUGUUCUGAUCGAGAUGAGUGCUCUGUUCGACACGUGUGGCAUCGAGGUGAAGGCUCAUAAAGCUCUCAAGGUCAGAGUGAGAGAGUCGGGUUUGUUUGGUGUUUCUCUCUCUACGCUGCUGGAACAAGACCAGCGGAGGAUCCCGGGAACCAAAGUGCCUCUUAUCCUGCAGCACUUGAUGUCUCACAUCGAGGAGCAGGGUUUAGACACCGAGGGCGUGCUGCGGAUCCCUGGAGCCGCUACUAGAGUGAAGGCCGUCUGCCAUGAGCUGGAACACAAGUUUUAUGAAGGCGUGUUCCCUUGGCAGAGCCUCAAACAGCACGACGCGGCCAGCCUCCUGAAGCUGUUCAUCAGAGAGCUGCCGUAUCCUCUGCUGACCGUCGAGUACUUCAGCGCCUUCACCUCCGUGCUGAAGCUGCCCACUAAGAAACAGCAGCUGCAGGCUCUCAAUCUGCUGCUGCUCCUGCUGCCCGAACCCAACAGAGACACUCUCAAGGCUCUGUUGGAGUUCUUCCAAAGAGUGACUGACCAUAAGGACAGGAAUAAGAUGACGCUGAACAAUGUUGCAGUGGUGAUGGCGCCCAACAUCUUCAUGUGUAAGGGCUUCCGCAGUAAGAUCAGUGAACAGCAGGAGUUCGCUAUGGCCACUGGCACGGCUAACAUCGUCAGGCUGCUCGUCCGCUACCAGAACCUGCUCUGGACGAUUCCCAAGUUCGUCCUGAAUCAGGUGCGCAAACAAAACAUGGAGAACCAGCGGAAGAUGAACCGAGACAGAGCGGUUAAAAAACUACUGAAGAAGAUGUCAUACGACCGCGAGAGAGCCUCUGACAAGCAGGAGAAAAACACUGAGGCUGAAGGAGGCUUCAUGAGGGUCCAGGCUCCUCAGUUCUCGAAGGUGUCCAUGGCCGUACAGCUGACGGAGGAUUUAAAAGCCUCAGAUGUUCUGACACACUUCCUCAGUCAGGAGAGGUCUCCGUCUGUGAAGCGAGAGGAUCUGUGUCUCUAUGAGAUGGGAGGAAACAUCAAGGAGAGAUGUCUGGAUGAAGAGACGUACAUCACGGCUCUCCUGGAGCUCAACCCCAGUGCAGAGUGGGUCAUUAAAUCUGUCCAGCACUGACUGGGCCUCCCGCAACAAGACACGCCAAUCAACCCCUCAUGCCACGCGCCUCACAGUCCACCACAAACAGACGAGUAAAGGGAAAGCAGCGGGAUUCAGAGCCAGCACGAGCGAUCUAAAAAUCCUCUGCCACUGCUCAAACCAAACAAACCGCACACCUCCAACACUAUAACCUACACCUACACAGAUAUAUAGAGAUUCUUCAGCAGCCGAUGGAUGAGCAUGUUUUGUAGUAGAAGCCAAAAAAGCUCAUAGUGUCUGUGGUGGUUUAGACUGGUUUGGCACUUUGGCACAUUUUAAGGUCCAGGUCAUAUUUCGUCCUAAAAAAAAAAUAAAAACUGUAUUUUGCAAGAAAAUGUUGGCUGUUUUAAAAGACUUUUGCAAUGUAACAUUUUUAUCAUAAUUCAACACAUUUCCACUCUCACAAUCUUAUUAUUGUGACACCUAAAAAAUCUCAUCAUGCAUCUGGAAUUUUUCUUUUGGGUUAAUUCUCAUUACAUUCUCACUACUGUUAAAGGAGUGAAAUACUUGUAUUAAGGCAAUAAGGACCUGGGAUAUGCUUAAUUAUCAUGAAAAUUGUUACAAUGCAAAUAAUGAUCAGUCUAUUUUAUAUAUAUAUAGUGUCUGUGUAAUUAAAAAAUAAAAAAAACAAUUUGCUUGUUAAUUAACUUUUUUCUUUUGGGGUACAACAUGACCCAGAUACGUUCUUUAUAGAUUUUAUGAGAUGCACCCAUCCACAAAUCUCAUUCAUAUUUAAAUGAAAUAUAUUGCAUGAAAAUAUUGCCUCAGACAAGCCAACCUACAUUUCUCACACAUCUUUCUUAAACAUUUGAUUGCACGCGAGUGUUCUCUGAUUUGAAGCAGAGAUUGCUACAAUACUAAGUCACAUGAUACAUUAGCCCUCACUGCCAGUAAACGUUUGCACUCUAUUACAUGUUCAGCCGCUCCCAGGGAUCUUAGAUGUACUUUUUUUUCAUGUUGGAGAAAAUAAUGUAAGUCAGAUGAUAUUGUAUAUCUGAAAAGGGUUCAUGACUGAAACAACUGGAAUCAAGUUUCUCAGUUAGACCUCAGACCUCAUAAAAUACUUUAAUGGAGGGAAACACUUGGCACUUAAACUGACCUUGUCGGUUUUUAUUUACAGCGAUGCACAUCUCAUUUCAAUGAGUAGUUUUGAACUGUGAUUUUUAUUUUUUACUGCUACAUCUGUUGCUGAUGUCAUGCAUUUAUUGUGCUGGAAAACUGUGAAUAUGGCGGAAAAUGGCUGUUGCUGUAUGUUUUAAUGCUUCUGAAAUAACCACUAAAUAUUUUCGUAAAUAAAUUUGUAAUUCUUCA